AUGGCAAUGAGUGAGGCUCUAGAGAAAAUUAAAGCUGAAUUGAUGCUACUAGGCUUCAUAUCUCUACUCAUUACAGUGGGCACAAAACCUGUCUCAAAGAUAUGUAUCUCUGCAAAAGCUGGAAGCACCAUGCUUCCAUGUAAGGAGCCCAAGGACAAGGAAGACUACAACAAUGGUGGAAAUGAUGGAGAUGAUAGAAGAAAGUUAUUAUGGCACACCGGGAAAGUGAUACGGCAUCGAAUCCUUGCGGCAGGAGGAGAAGAGGACUAUUGUACCAAACAUGGAAAAGUACCUUUGGUCUCCCAGUCAGGGAUUCACCAAUUGCACAUCUUCAUAUUUAUGCUGGCUGUCUUCCUUGUUCUCUACAGUGUUCUCACCAUCGGUCUAGCAAAGGCUAAAAUGAAGAAAUGGAAAGGAUGGGAGCUGGAGACAUCAUCCUUGGAAUAUCAGUUCACUAAUGAUCCUUCAAGGUUCAGAUUGGCUCAUCAAACUUCCUUUGUUCGACGCCACACUGGAUUCUUCACAGCACCUGGCCUGAGAUGGAUAGCUCAUUUGGCUCCCAACAGCAAAUUUAACUUCCACAAGUAUAUCAAAAGAUCAAUGGAAGAUGAUUUCAAGGUGGUAGUUGGUAUCAGGAUGAUAUUUCUGAUAGUUGGCGCGAAGCUUGAAAUUAUAAUCAUGGAAAUGGCUCAGCAGAUCCAAGAUCGAGGGACAGUUGUAAAAGGAGCUCCUGUUGUAGAGCCUAGUAACAGCUUCUUCUGGUUCAAUUGCCCAGAUUUGAUUCUUUUCUUGUUACAUUUCACCUUGUUCCAGUAUGAAUUCGGGUUGAAAUCAUGCUUCCAUAAAAAUCUGAUGGAAGUAUUGAUAAGGGUGUUCCUGGGUGUAGCUCUUCAGAUUUUAUGCAGCUAUAUCACCUUCCCUCUCUACGCCCUUGUAACUCAAAUGGGGUCUCACAUGAAGAAGGCAAUCUUUGAAGAGCAGACAGCCAUGGCUCUAAAGAAAUGGCAAAAGGCUGCCAGGGAAAGGAAGAAGUUGACAAAGGCCACAGGCAUAGACAUUCCAUCUAGUUUCAUAAGAGAAGAAAAUAAUACCCCAAGCCAUGGACUCAUCGCCCUUACAGUUCCUCCAUAA